CAUAUGAACUGAAAAAAGAACCAAUCACUUUAGGAAGUGAUUCGUUCACUCUCGUUCAAUGAAAAGAAAUCGUUCUUUUGAACGAAUCGUUCACUCACGAGCCAAUACUACAGAAAAGGGCAUCGCUUCCCAUAAGUACAUCAGCUUUGUUUUCAACAUAACAAGUAAAAAUUCCACACUUGGUAAAUUACGAGAAAAUAAUGAGAAAAUCAUUUAAUAUGCCCAAUGUUCUUUGUGCAUGUGACACCCCUGACUAGUGAGACCAAACAGCCCAGGUCAAAGUCCAAGUAAACAUAAAAGGGUUGGAUCGGUUUUGCACACAAUGGAGAUUCCCAUUUUUAUAGUGGAUGCCUUUACCAAUUUGCCAUUUAAAGGGAACCCAGCAGCUGUUUGUCUUUUAAACCAUGAGUUGCGCGAUGAAUUGUACCAGAAGAUAGCAGCAGAGAUAAACUUAUCAGAGACGGCCUUCAUCACCGCUGUCAAGCCUUCUGCGGAUUUCACAAAGGGUUCGAGGUUCCACCUCCGUUGGUUCACACCGACCACAGAGGUCAAUUUGUGCGGUCACGCCACUCUGGCUUCUGCUGCCGUGCUCUUCAAGCACAAACAAAAUCUGAAUUCUACUGUGGUGUUUGAGACCAGAAGUGGUGAUCUGUCUGUGGUACAGCAGGGAGAGGAUUUAGUGAUGGAUUUUCCCCUCAACCCAGCCACCAAGCAGGUUCCUGAUCAAUUUACAGAUCUUAUCAAGGCUUCAGUCGGAGACCACCCAGUCCAGGAUGUUUAUUUUAGCGCCAACACUAAAAAACUGCUGCUCCGACUGGAGGACACCUGUGACAGGUCAGUGCUCACCGGUCUUCAAGUCAAACCCGAUGCUCUGUUAAGCAGCGACAAGAGCGGACAUGUCAAAGGCCUCAUAGUCACCAUGAAAGGGUCUCCAGAUUGCCAGCCAAGAUAUGACUUCUACUCCAGAUAUUUUUCACCUUGGAAUGGAAUUCCGGAGGAUCCCGUCUGCGGUUCUGCACACACUGUACUGGCAAGUUACUGGUCCGAAGAACUGGGAAAGAAGAAAAUGCUUGCGUUCCAAUGUUCUGGACGAGGUGGAGAGCUGCAGCUCGAGGUGAGAGAAGAUGGAAGACUCAACAUUGCGGGGAAGAGCGUCACUGUGCUGCAGGGAACAAUUACACUGUAGACACCUGCAGAGACCUGAGGUCAUGUUUUAUCAAUAAUUUUAUUAUUCAAAUAGGUGACAAAAAAAGACAAAAGGACAGAUAAAAUUACAGACGACCCAAUUAUACAAAAA